GAAUUUCAUGUCAACCCAAUACACACAAGAUGGCGGCGGUCAUGUGGAGCCGGUGCCAGAAAGUUCAUGGGAGACUUUCGCGCCUCAAGCCGCUUCAAAAGCAUUCGACAUCAUGUUUUUUCUCAACACAAGUGGUACAGGUUGACAAAGAAGUUCACUAUCCACCGAUCAAACCCCGGUAUCCGCCCGGUGAGUGGGGAUAUAUGGCUCCCACAGUCGCCUGGGAAUGGCAGGACGGAAUGGACGAAAUCCGAAAGACAACGAGUCUCAAAGAUCGAUUGAAAAGACUGUGUGAAAUUCCUGAAAGGCACAUUUGGAAUAUACAAGCGAUGACAAACGAGCCGUAUAUGCUUCCUUACCAGCAGUACGUAACAAAAACACAUCUAAUCAAGGGUUUGCCGGAUCUGUACAACACAAUGGAUGUAGAGAAGGAACUGGACAAUUUAAGACCAGCCAUUAUCGAUCUAAUUUUGUUUGAGAACGGUGCCGUUGAUAGAGAGAAAUGGUUAAAGAAAACAGGACAAUCCUGGCUUCACAGUAGCCACAAAGCACAGUGUUUUGUGGGACAGCUUCUUCAUACAUUGAUGAGUGGAUUGUCUAUGUCUGGAAAAUGUGACUAUCUGAUGAAGGGACAGUUUGAUGAGAGUGUUAGAGUGGCGGGUCAUUGGCACCGGCAUGGUUUACGCAAGAAAGGAAAACAGCACCCACUUCACCCCAGGCCUCAGCACGCUGGCAUUCAGAUUGACUAUUUGGCGGAUUGCCAGAUACGGGUGGAGAAACCCUUAGCUCCGUUCCUUCCUAAAGAAGACGUCGUGUGUAGAGAAGGGCACUACCCUGACUAUCAGUAUGACCCUGUUGUCAUGGGCCUAUACUCUCACUUCACCAAACCCACACUGAUUGCGGGUCACUGGUCAGAAGAUCCAUGUCCAUUUGGCCUCCUCUCAGCACAUGUCACCAAUAUGUGUCACCAGUUGGAGCCUAAGUUUGGUACAGAUGUUGUCAGGGAUAUCAUAACUGGCUAUGGGAUCCUGGCAGCCUUCUCUUGGCAGCUAUCUCUGGCUCAUUACCAAGGUUUUAACAUGUACUUGGAUUUAACCUACCCGUUUUGUGGUCAGAGCAUUCUGACCAAUGGGAAAAGUUUUCGCUUCAUGGCGUACCAACUGAACACACUUCACCUGUGGAAGGACGACCAAUCAAAUCCCAUCAGAAACAUUUGCUGGCAGACGGAGGAAAUCAACAUGUUCGACCGUGUAGAGAAUGGAGAGGUCAAGGGACUAAAUGAUGAUGUGCUAAGGAUAAUUUUACGUUUUCUCAUGAAUGCACCUAGAAGUGAUGAUAUUGAUUUGAAGCCAGCAUUUACAGAAGGAUUUACCUCCCCGCAUCUACAGUGGCCGUACAUCGCAGACAAGCCACCUCCACCUGCGCCCGUAAAGGAGCUGCCACUUUAUGUGGAAUGACUUUACAACAAACCUUGAGAAAAUCGUGAUAAAGCGGAUAACGUUUGUCUGGCAAAGUUUUAGACAUUCUUGGGAAAUUUGUCUGAUUCAGUUUACUGUUUAUGAAAGUGGUGUAAAUUGGCAUGUACAUCCCUAGAGUAGAAUUCAUUUGGUUAUUGA